GUUCACCUCCUCUCCCACCACACAGCACCACUCACACACACGCACAUACAAUCACGCACACACACGCACGCACACACACACAUACACCAAGUGUUACACAAACAAUCACACUCAUACGGCGUAUAUCCUCAAACAUAUUUCCUCGGUCGGACCUUGUUUGUCCUUGACGCUUUGCGGAACGCUACGAGUCACCAACCUUGACUCGCCCGCACCUUCUGUGGGAGAGACAACGGUCUACGGCUAAAAGGGGGUCAACGAGUUUGUUGAUACGAACGUAGAAGGUACUGUAUUGGGGAUAUCUUCAACAACGCACUUGUUGUGGAUACUCUAUAUAAGUACCAGUGUCAUCAUGGGCUGUGGAUCGUCCAAGAGCUCGGUUGAACAGGGAACCGUGCCGGCACCAAAGAAGGAGCUCGAUGAACAUGCCGUUGAGCAAGCCGAUGGAGGUCAGAGUCCAGCAGUCUCGGUCCAUCACGGCGCAGCGGAUGACAUAGCACAACACUACGAGCAACCGAUCGGCAACUUUUACAUCUUUGGAUCGUUGCUCGGCAAGGGCUCAUUUGCUGAAGUCUACGACGCUACCCGCAAGUCGGAUGGUGCCGAGCUGGCCAUCAAGGCCAUCGACACCCGGGCGUCCAACUUUGAGCCUGAGGAUCUGGACAUUGAGAUCAAGGUGCUGAUGAAGGUCAAUCACCCCAACAUCAUCAAGCUGUACGAGGUGUUUGAGUCGGAAGACCACUUUUACAUGGUGCUGGAAAAGGUGGACGGCGGCGAGCUCUUUGACCACAUCAUCGAGCGCGGCCACUACUCCGAGGCCACUGCGGCUACCAUCAUGAAGCAGCUUCUCUCAGCACUCUCACACAUGCACAGCCUCAACUUGGUCCAUCGCGACCUCAAGCCGGAAAACCUGCUGUAUCACGAGGAUGCCAACGGCGACAUCACCAUCAAGAUCGCAGACUUUGGCCUCAGCGCCGUCAUUGACCACGACAAACUGCUAACCGUCGCCUGCGGCUCGCCGGGCUACGUUGCGCCCGAGAUCUUGUUGCAACGGCGCUACAACGAAGCCGUCGACACCUGGUCCGCAGGCGUCAUCAUGUUUAUUCUCCUCUCCGGCCUCACCCCCUUUGGCGGAAACACAGACCGCGAGCUCUACCGAGCCAUCGUUUCCGCGGACUACUCGUUCGACGGGCGUGAGUGGGCCGGCAUCUCAGACUCGGCCAAGGACCUCAUCUCCAAGAUGCUGCAGGUCAAUCCGAGCAAACGGAUAACGCCCGCCAAGGCUCUCAAGCACUCAUGGAUCACUUCAGACGCUCCGGACACUCACCUCGCCAACCUCGUCCUCUCCAUCAUGAACUGGCAGCAGGGUAACGGCCGCCAGAUUGUCCAUGCAAAGCUUCUCAAGUGGGCCUCGUCCGCAAAAGCUUCGGUCCAGUCGCGCUCGCGCCAAGCCUCGCGCUCGCAAACCGUCUCGCGCUCGCGCUCUCACUCUCCCUCCUCGGUCUCGCGCACCACCCUGCAACCAGGACACGCCCCAGGUGCCCAUCGUCGCAAGAAGCGUGUCCGCAAGCACACCUAAACUCGCCCGCGCUUUGUUUACGCGCCGCCCUCCCGCGCCUUGCCCAGCACGCGCCCAAUCUCCGACGCCCGCCCGGAGACAAGCCCCACGCUGUCGUCCUCGCCUCGCAGCAGCGUCCGCACAUCGCUCAGCGCAGGAUCCAGCGGCUCGCCAAGAACAGCCACCACGUUGGCGAGAUACCCAAUGUCGGCCUCGAGCUGCCGCGCCCCGGCCGGCGUCACCACAGGCACCUCCAAAAUUGCGUCCACAAACGCCGACAUGGCCGUCCGCGCCAUGGCAGACACCCAAAGAGCCGCGAACACGUCGCCGCCUUCGCCGCCCGCGUCGCCCUCGCCCUCACCAUUCCCGCCGCCGGGCACGAGCGGCGCAAGCAGCUGCAUCGCCCGACUCUGCAGCCGUUGCGAGCCCGCAAACGGCUCCAGCUGCUGCAGUAGCAUGUACAGAUGAUCUCCGACGUGCGUAAUGUAAGCCGAUGGCGUCAUGGAAAACGCCGGCUGCGGCACGCCGCCCGCCCGCCACGCCUCGUCGCCCGCCACACCGGCCAGCUGCUCGGCGAUCGGCGCAAAGGCAAAAGCCUUGGCAAGACCCACCACCUCGCUCGCCAGCCCCGCAAAUGCUCGCGCAGGAUUCGGAAGCAUCGUCAUCGGCCGGUCGGCGCCCGGCUCACCAAGCGCACGGCGCAGAUGAUCGACUCGCUCCAGCUGCGUCCCGCCCUCGGUCACUGCAAGGACGACAAACUGCGCCAGCUGCGCCUGCUCACGCCCGGGCUCUGAUGCAGAGCCGGGCGGCGGCACAAGGCUUGCAUACCCGCCAUACGCCGCCUCUAGCUCGUCCAGCGCCACCAGAGUCGGCCCGUCCUGCGCAAUGCGGUUCUGGGCCUCCUCUACGCUGCUCCACCAUGCCAACCGCUCCGGCGUCACCACUCGCUGCAGCGCACGGCCCAACACUCUGCGCACCUCCUCAUCAAACGACUCGAGCCGCUCCAUCAGUGCUGCCACAGACUCGAGUCCGCGGAUCGAGGCCUGGAAAAACUCCCACACCAGCCCUGCGCUCCGCCCAUCGCUCCCGUCGCUUCCGGUCUUGCCCUUGUCCAGUGGUGAAAUCGAUCGCAGCAGCUCCAACAACUGCAACAUCUUGCCCACAAAUGAGUUGAGCGUCUCCGACAGCACUGCAACAACCGGCUCGCCCACCAGCGAGACGUGAACCUCCACAAGCUCGGCUUCCACCAACGCUGUCAACUCGUCAAAGAGCGCGCCGCCCGC